CUCACCGCAUCUCUCGGAAUGUUUUGGUUUUAUUAGACAUAAAUCUAAAUCCUUUUUCCUCGGUCGGUUUAUUCUAAGAGUGUCUUUUAUUCUCACUAGACUUGAACGACUUGUGUUUUGAAUCGGAUCUUGUCUGUAAUAGGCCUAUCCAUUCAUUUGGCGAUUUAUUCACAUUCAAACCUUAAUUCACUUAAAAGGACCAGUCGACUUUUGUGAAGAAAUCGUCCGGACAUUUUUUUGUCUGUGUGUGUGUUUUUUAAUACUGAAAGGAUUUUACAGGCGUCCUGCCACAUCUUUACAAGCAUGAAACAGGCCACUGCCAGAACUGAGAUGAGCCGCCUCAACAUCUCUGCCGAAGAUGACAGCAGCAGCGCCAACAGCAACGAGUACACCUACUGUCCCACGGACUGUCCACAGAAGCUCCCACUGGGCAGCCAAUGCUCUGACAUUGAAGCAGAGAGUCAGAACUUCCUCCCCGAACACAACCUGGGCAAGAAGAAGUAUGAGACCGAAUAUCACCAGGGCAACGCCUCCUUUGGCAUGUCCGUCUUCAACCUGGGAAACGCCAUCAUGGGCAGUGGCAUCCUGGGUCUGUCCUACGCGAUGGCCAACACUGGAAUCGCCCUGUUUGUGAUUCUCCUCGUGUCCGUCGCCAUCUUCUCCUUGUAUUCUGUCCACUUGCUGCUGAAGACGGCCAACGAAGGAGGUGCGUUGGUGUACGAGCAGCUGGGUUACAAAGCCUUCGGGAUGCCGGGGAAGCUCGCCGCUUCCUGCUCCAUCACCAUGCAGAACAUCGGAGCCAUGUCAAGCUACCUCUACAUCGUCAAAUACGAGCUGCCCAUCGUCAUCCAAGCAUUUGUAGGAACCAGCAAUCAAGAAUGGUACACUAACGGUGACUACCUGGUGCUGCUGGUGACGUUUGUCAUUAUCCUGCCUCUGUCGCUGCUCAGGAACUUGGGUUACCUUGGUUACACCAGUGGUCUGUCCCUGCUCUGCAUGGUGUUCUUUCUGAUUGUGGUGAUCAUCAAGAAGUUCCAGCUCCCGUGCCCGCUCCCCGAGAACACCAGGUCUCUGAACGAAACGAUAAGCAAAGUGCUCAACAUCACCUUUUCCCACAUGAACUCCACCGCCGUGGACUACAGCGAGGACGUUUGCACGCCGAAAUACUUCGUCUUCAACUCUCAGACUGUCUACGCCGUUCCCAUCCUGACCUUCGCCUUCGUUUGCCACCCCGCCAUCCUGCCCAUGUACGAGGAGCUCAAAGACCGUUCCCGCCAAAAGAUGCAGGGCGUUGCCAACGUGUCCUUCCUUGCCAUGUUCAUCAUGUACCUGCUGGCCGCCCUCUUCGGAUAUCUGACCUUCAACGUGCGCGUGGAGCCUGAGUUGCUGCACACCUACUCCAAGAUCUAUGAUUCCGAUGUGAUCCUGCUGAUCGUCCGUCUGGCUGUGCUGACCGCUGUCACCCUCACUGUCCCUGUGGUGCUGUUCCCUAUUCGUACCUCCGUCAACCAGCUGCUGUGCGCCUCCAAGGACUUCAGCUGGAUCCGCCACACCAUCAUCACUGUGGUCCUGUUGGCCGGCACCAACGCCUUGGUCAUCUUCGUCCCCACCAUCAGGGACAUCUUUGGCUUCAUCGGCGCCUCUGCUGCUGCCAUGCUCAUCUUCAUCCUGCCCUCGGCUUUCUACAUCAAACUGGUCAAGAAGGAGUCAAUGAAGUCCAUGCAAAAGAUUGGGGCCACCGCCUUCCUGCUGUUAGGCUUCUUUGUAAUGAUCUGCAGCAUGACCCUCAUCAUCCUGGACUGGGUCCACAGGGCCUCAGCCAGCCCGGUCGCACAAGCUGACGGACACUAAAGCUUCACUUCUCCCGCCGUGGCCCGCCAAGGAGGGAGGAGGCUCUGGACUGCUACGACCGCGCAACCAACGAAGAUCAAACCUAUUGUAAAAGAAAAAAAACACACAAACUCACUUGAAGCUCGGCUUUGACUUCCUGAGCGACAAACCAUGCCAUUCCAAGAGAAUGUAUUGAACUUUGUACAGUAUGCUGUUAUAGGCCACAAAAAUGGUGUUUUACUUGUUUCUUCUCUUUUUAUUGUACAUUUUUUUUUUAUUGUUGUUUUUGCUCAAUGUUUUUGUUUUUUUUUAUGUUCUUUUGUAGUUAUGGUACAGCUGAAAACAAAUAUUUGAAGGUGCCUCAAAAGCAGAGAUGACAUAGUCGUAGAGUUCAAAAUGCAGCUUACACUCAGGUGUGGCUGUGACCUCAGAGCUCGGCAACAACCAAUCCUGCUGAGAAAUACAUCAACCUCCGGAAGAUAGACGAGGCAACUUGAAAGUUCAUCCUCCUCAAGGAUGAUUAAGUUCCUUCCAACAUUUGUUGUUUGUUUUCCCUUUUUUUUUUACUUUGCCAAAAUGUAUUUGUUUAGCAUCUUUGUAUAUUGAAAGGCACUUACUGUUCAGCACACUACUGUACACUCAGUAUUCGUACCAAGGCUUUGUGGCCUUACAUUGUGUCAGCUUUCCAUGUAAAACACAACAUAAGUCAACAGAACCUGCCUUUUCAAACCAGACACUGGGAGCUGUAGAGUUUCUCAUACGAGGACUCUAACAAAACUGUAUUUACUCUUAAAAACCUGCUGAAGAUCUUGGAAUAGCGUGUUCUGUGACGACACUACUGCUUUGAGACCUGGAGGCCACUCAGCCUCCAGUGAAACUUUAUUUUUAUGUCUUUAGGGGAGAAAACUUUGAAUUCGACCACACGCAGUGGUUGUAAUGUACCUGUUAAACUUGCAGAAAAAAAACUAAAAACAAGAAGUCAGGUGUCCUCCUAAACACUGACAACCAGUCUGUCACAAUAUUUUGAGUGUUUUUGUGUACAGUUGCGCAGUUUUCUGCUUUCAAAAUGUUUCACAAAGAAGAACUUCAUGGCUCGACAAAAACUUUGUUUCCCGUCGAGUCGUGAACCGGUCAUCUGACGGUGCACUGUGCUUCCAACACUAACGUAACACAUCACCAAAAUGUUAUUGUCCAACAUCUAUUUAUGGAAGACCGUGAAAUCAAUGUAAUUUAAUCUAUUUUACUAUAUUUAUAUAAUAUUGUAUGUAUAUAUAUGUAUAUAUAUAUAUAUCUAUUGAGUUCAACUGUAUAUACGCUUUGUUUUGUUUGAAUUUUUUUUUUUUUUUUUUACAAUAAUGCAUUGGAGCUGUAAAACAAAAGCGAAAAAUCCCCAAGCUGGUGAAUUUGUGAUAUUGAAUUGGCGCCAACACACUGGAGCUUCAACUGUUCAUCUCUGUAAAGACUGAGUUAUCCUACUGUGUUGAUUCUGUGAAAACUGUGUUACAUGUGGAAGCCACUCAUAAGCAGCAGCAGUCUUGUUUCCUUUUGGGCCCUUAAACAAGAACCAUCAGCAAAAUGUUCUUAAUGCACAUCUUGGUUGGAGAGUACGUCAGCCAUCUCUUGACUUCAGGAGCAAAGAGGGCUAUGCCCACCAGUGUUACAGUCUUGUUUCAAUGAAACAUUAUGUACAUCCUGUAAAUAAUGUCCAAUUAAAAUAGAUAAAGAAGA